AUCGUACCGAGUGACAGCCCGGCUGGUGGCUCCACCCACUUGUGGUUGUCUAUGUAUGAUUGUAAACCCGCUACACCAAAACAAAUGUACCUCUAAGUAAUGUCCGUGUUGUUUUUGGAUACCUAUAUGUAUUUUCUGACUUCCAGAAGAGGAGUCUGGAGAAAAGCGAAUGUAGAACUCGUAUACUACUGCUGUCCACGAAAUUGCUAUCGUAGUGUUAAGACAAAGCAAUGCAAGCUGCUAUACAGAAGAGCUGAACAAAGGAGAUUCAUUCAUACUAAUAACCAAACAAGUGCAUACUCAAAACAUUUUAGACUCUGCACUUCAAAGGCAUUAUAUAUAGCAAAGAAGUCUAUGUCACGAAUCAAGAAUACUUUAGACUCUGUCACUAAAGCUGUAUCAAGCACCCACAGUGAUUUCAUUUCACGAAUUGUACGCCCAAAGCCAAAUGGGACUAGUGCUGGUAAAGAGGACCAUGUCCAGAUAGCUGAAGUCAGCGCCACAAAGGGCGACGUUCUGAAAGGUAAAACUGUGGACAGCGGUAAAGAGCCACUCGUAACUCCUACCAAAACUACCUCUCAUCUCAUUCAAACCAGCCCUGUGGACUCUCCAUAUGAAGGCACUGACUCCAGGGCAAGCCUGUUCCAUCCUAGCAACCUCACUACUAACUUUGGAGAAACUUACAAUUUCCUGGCUAAUCAUAUAAAUUCCUACUUUGCGUUUGACACCAGAAUGGAGAAAAAUAAAAGUUCACUAGAUGCCAAAAACCAAAAUGUGGAAAUAGACGGUGACGAAAAAGAUGUCUCAUCCGCAACAGAAGACACCGCGGUUACCACCAAAAAGAGCAUUUCAAACUUUCUGUCUAAUCAGUCCAACAAUGUCCAUGCCUUUGUGGGAAACUAUCUUGGAGGCUUUGUGCCAAAACUGAAAGCAGAACAGAACAUGAUAGAGAACAAAGGCAAGGAACAAGAACCAGAGGAUGCACAGAGCAAAAAUGAACAAGAACUAACUAAAGAGAAGACUGUAGAUGAUAAAGCAAAGAGACUAUCUCUUCAGAGGGAAAAGAUUAUUGCCCGGGUGAGUGUGGAUAACAGAACAAGAUCAUUGGUCCAGUCAUUGCAAAGAGCCACCGAUCGGAGACUGUGCAUUAAUCGUGUUGAAGAGCUCAGCUGCCACCUGCUGGAAUUUCCUGAAACAAGAGGUGUUGCAGUGAAGGAAAAAGCCAUUCCUUAUUUAUUGCGGCUACGGCAAGCACACGAUGAAACCCUCCAGGCAGCUGUAAGAGAAGCCUUAGCUUUGAUUGGUUAUAACGACCCUGUUAAAGGCAGAGGAAUUCGAGUACUCACCAUCGAUGGUGGAGGUACUAGAGGAAUAGUAGCUCUACAAACUCUCCGCAAGUUAGAAGAACUUACAGGGAAACCGAUUCAUCUUCUCUUUGAUUACAUUUGUGGUGUCAGUACAGGAGCUAUACUGGCCUUUAUGUUGGGUCUAUUUCACAUCCCACUGGAUGAGUGCGAAGAAAUGUACCGUAAACUGGGAAAUGACGUCUUCAAACAGAACGUUAUUCUGGGAACGGUGAAGAUGGGCUGGAGCCAUGCCUAUUAUGACAGCGAAAUAUGGGAAAAAAUGCUGAAGGAAAGAAUGGGUUCAGACCUAAUGAUUGAAACAGCAAGAAAUCCUCAGUGUCCCAAGGUUGCAGCUGUGAGCACCAUCGUUAAUAGAGGAAUAAAAGCUUUUGUGUUCAGGAAUUACAACCAUUUUCCGGGUGUUAAAUCACAUUACAUGGGAGGAUGUCAGUAUAAUCUGUGGCAGGCUAUUAGAGCAUCUUCAGCGGCACCUGGGUACUUCCAGGAGUAUGUCCUUGGAAAUGAUCUGCAUCAGGAUGGAGGAUUACUGAUUAACAAUCCAUGUGCACUGGCCCUUCAUGAGAGUAAGUGUUUGUGGCCAGACGUGCCACUUCAGUGUGUGAUCUCUCUUGGGACAGGACGGUAUGAAGGUGUGGGAAGCACCACAGCAACACACACAAGUCUUAAAGCCAAACUGACCAAUGUGAUCAGCAGUGCCACUGAUACAGAAGAAGUUCACAAUAUGCUGGAUGCCCUGCUGCCACCAGACACCUACUUCCGUUUCAAUCCGGUCAUGAAUGAAGAUGUACCACUGGACGAAAACCGCAAGGAAAAGCUUAAACAACUACAGUUAGACGGCCAAAGUUAUCUAGAGCGAAAUGAAGAGAAACUUAAAAAAGCUGCCAAGGUGCUGAAACAAGAAAGAACAACAUUUCAGUAUAUUUGUGACUGGGUUAAAUUAAAAGGAGAUAUGUAUGAGGGCCUGCCACUCUUUUCUAAGCUCUAAAUUUUCAUCAGUAAAAAUGAUGUUUGUCAAAGAAGCUAUUACCUAGUUUCAUAUCCACGUGCAUACAGAACUAACUAAUAGGGUCUGUAAUAUACCACAUUACCAGUGUGCUGUUUACAUAAUCUCUGGUUGGCAGAAGGUAAAGGGAUCGCUGUGCAAAUUACUGUAAUUGCUAAUGUCCAGAUUAAAUUUGCAGGGAAGGAUCAUUACUCCAUUUAAAGAACAUUUUCCAUUGGUGGACACUCUGUUUCAGAGAAAAUAGGUGUAUAUAUUGUAAAUACUGACUAGCUGACUUUUAUUAUAUUUUUAUUGAUCCAUUGGACUUGUGCAGCUUUAUACAUAACUAUUUAUUUAAAACCUGCUAUUGAUUCCUUUAUGCGUGCGUUGAGCGUUUGAGUAAUUAUCAAGUAAAAGACCAUUCUUGGAAAUUCCGUCCUCACUUUUACUACUACUUUUUAAGCACAAAGUGGGGAGAGAAGCAUUGAAGACUCCAUCCUAAUGCAGUCCUUUCAUCUUCUAGGAAAGAACUUGAAAGUGAUAAACACCCAUCUUAUGCAGUUGUUGUUUUUCUAAAAAACAAAAUAUAUAAAAAUUUAGCUUAUGCUCCAGAUCAUUCCUUCUGUCCAAUCAGUUUGGAUGAGGGCUGUUCAAAAGGGAGCCAUCCAGCCUACCUGUAUCAUAAAGUGUCCACUAACUCACUGGAGAGUCACCUGUACUUUGCUUAGUAAAAUGGCUGGCACUUUCUGUAUGUAAACCACUGGACAGUCUGCUUUGUUGUAUAUACCUUUGCACCUUUUCUACUGUUUAUAUGCUUUUUAAUGCAUGCAAACAGCAAAGUGCAGUAAAUUUUAUUAUUGCAAAUAGUCUUGUUCUCAUGCCUAUAUUUUUUAUGUAUGCUGGCC